UAUCGAAUUUAAUGCGAAUGACUUUCUAUAUAACCAUAAAUUUAAUGGUGAAGGUAUAAGUGUAUACAGCGCCGCCUCAGUAAAACUUUGACCGUGAACGAAAACGUUUCGGCACCGAUCAGGUUGAUUUUAGAUCGAGUGACGAGUAGGUGUAAAGAGAUUUUUAUAGGACGCAGCCGCGUACGCGCGUAAAAGUGUGUAUGCAGCGUGAGCCGCGCGAAGAUAGGAAAGGUGUGAAAUAUGUUUCCUCGCGGCCACUGCGGGAAACUUCGAGCGACCAAAAUGUUAAAGAAAUAAUCGUGUCGCGCAAGUGUCUCUCGCUGGUAGAGAAGACAGACCGUGUGCUUGAAGUUUCUUUCUCUCUCUUUCUCUUUUCAACCCCCUUCCUUCUCUUUCUCUUUGUGUCCUUCCCCCCUCCCGUCGACGCUCCUCUCUGGGUCCGUUCGUCGCACCGGGACGACGUUUACCGUGCGUCACGGGAAACGGCAUUGGGAGGAGACAGAAGGUGACAGCCCUCCCGCGGAAUUUAUGGUGCACACGGGAGAAACGGUGAAGUGCGUAGUGUUAGAGUGAAGUGAGUGUAACGGCACUAAGUGCUAGACCGGUGAAAAAAUUUUUGGGGGUCUCCAUCAUUUCGGCCAAUAUAGGUGGAAAGAGAGAAAAAAUGCCGGGCCUAAUCGCCGUAAGCGAGUUCGUCGAGGAGACGAGGGAGGAUUAUAAUUCACCCACCACGUCUACCUUCGUCUCGCGGAUGCCACAAUGCAGACAGACAAUCACAUCUCUCGAGGAGACGCUGGACUUCGACAGAGAUGGAUUGACGAAGCUGAAGAAAGCGAUCAAAGCCAUUCACAAUUCUGGAAACGCUCACGUCGAUAACGAGGUUUAUCUCGGAAGGGCGUUGGAAAGGCUUGGAGAUGCCGCCUUGAAAGAACAGGAACCGGAUAUCGGUGCUGCCUUUUUGAAAUUUGCGGUCGUCACAAAAGAAUUGAGUGCUCUGAUGAAAACUCUGAUGCAGAACAUUAACAACAUCGUUAUGUUUCCCCUGGACUCGGUGCUGAAAGGGGAUCUACGAGGUGUGAAAGGUGACUUGAAAAGGCCGUUCGAAAAGGCGUGGAAGGAUUACGAGGCUAAAUACGCGAAAAUCGAGAAGGAAAAGAAGCAACACGCAAAAGAGGCUGGCCUCAUUCGGACGGAAGUGACGCCGGCUGAGAUCGCCGACGAGAUGGAGAAAGAGAGAAGAUUGUUUCAAUUGCAAAUGUGCGAGUAUCUUAUAAAAGUGAACGAAAUCAAAACGAAAAAAGGAAUUGAAUUGCUGCAGCAUCUAGUCGAAUAUUAUCAUGCACAAACCAAUUACUUUCAAGACGGCCUAAAAACCAUUGAACACUUUGGUUCAUACGUAGCGGAUCUCAGUGUAAAAUUACAAAAGAUCAGACAAACACAAGACGAGGAAAGAAGACGAUUAACAGAACUGAGAAAUCUCCUUAGAAGCUCAGGUUGCGACAAAGAGUUAAACGUAAAUGCGAAUGCAGGAUAUUCGCUUCACCAAUUGCAAGGAGAUAAGCAGCAUGGUGUUACUAGAUCCGGUCAUUUGUUGAAGAAAAGCGAGGGAAAAAUGAGAAGAGUUUGGCAAAAGAGACGGUGUGCUGUUCAAGCCGAAGGUUAUUUGGACAUUUGUCACGCGGAUGAGAAUAAGCCACCAACGAGAGUGAAUUUAUUAACUUGUCAAAUCAAGCUAGUACCGGAUGACAAACGAGGUUUCGAUUUAAUUAGUUACAAUAGAACGUAUCACUUUCAAGCGGAAGACGAAGCUGAUCAACGAGCAUGGAUGUCCGUUUUAGUAAACUGUAAGGAACGUGCUUUGCUUCGAGCAUUCGACGCAAGUGGUAAAGCUGAAGCUGGUACAGGAAAUCCAAGUUUAGUUGAACUUCAACAGGCUGUUAUACGUUGUGUCAUGAGGUUACCUGGAAACGAUCAAUGCUGUGACUGUUCUUCGCAAAAUGAUGCUACAUGGCUUUCUACAAAUUUUGGCAUAAUCGUGUGUAUAGAAUGCAGUGGAAUUCAUCGUGAUUUAGGAGUACAUAUAUCUAGAAUACAGUCUUUGACAUUGGAUAAUGUAGGCACUGCUCAACUACUUCUUGCACGACACAUGACUAAUCAGGCGUUUAACGAAGUAAUGGAAGCUACAUUGCAUCAUAAUCAUAAACCAACACCAACUUCCACGAUGGAAGAAAGAUACGAAUUUAUAAGAGCUAAAUAUGUGGAUAAACGAUACGUGAUGAACACUUGUGCAGAUGAAAGAGAUCUCCUUUCUGAUUUAGAACAUGCAGUUAAUAAUCGUGACUUGCAACAACUUUUACAAGUUUAUGCAGAAAAUGUAGAUUUAGCAGCACCAUUACCUACAUCGGAUCUGGGUGAAACAGCAUUGCAUUUAGCAAUCUUACGUGAGAUGGGAAACAGCUUGCAUAUUAUAGAUUUCUUAGUACAGAAUAUGUCGACAGGUGGUAUAGACAGAAGCACUAUCGACGGGGAAACAGCCUUACAUCUUUGCGCGAGACACGAUAGAGCAGAAGCAAUGAAGCUCUUGCUACGAGCAGGUGCUGAUCCAACACAUCGAAAUAAGCAGGAUAAAACUCCACUUGAUAUUGCACAGGAAAUGGGACACCACACUUGUAAAGAACUGUUGAGUCAUGCUCUACAAAGACAAAAGACAUUGUUUGACAAUGUUAAUAUCGACUGGAAUCUCUCGCAUGAUGAAGGAUCUACCGAUUUUUCUGAUGACGAAACAAUAAUAGAAGAUAGGAAUGGUUGUUUAACACCUGAGAAGAAAUCUCGUAGUAGGCCACCUUCUUAUGUGGGUGGUGGUGGUAGUAGUGGUGGUGCUGGAUCAGGAGAUUCGCCAGUGACUUUACGUAGUCGAAGUAGUACAUGUGACAGUUUACAAAGUGGUUCUUCUCCAAGUUCUUCAACGAAUAGACAACAAAUGCCUCCACCACCGCCACCUCAAUCAAGAAAACCUGUUGCUGUACCUACACCCAUGGCGCCAGAUAUUUCGGUCAAUAUUCACGGAUCAUUGAAGAAGCGUGUAGCACCCCCACCACCACCGGCUGGAAGUACAGGUGGUAUACCUUCCUCUCAUUAUGGUACACUACCUUCGUCCGCGUCCUUAGCAGCGUCAACGCAUAGCCGUACAACGAGCGAACCUAUCUUAGCUGGGCAUUCUUUACAUACUCUACCACAUGCGUUAAAUACAUUAAACAGUCAACAUCAUAAAAGAUCGCCCAGUGGAGAUUCUUCAACGGGACACGGUACGGACAAAGUAAAUAGUUCAACGCUUCAAAGACCAAGGAAUCCUCCUCCCCCAGCUCCAUCUAGUAUCAAUUCCUCAAGAUUGAGUAAUGGACGUAGCAGCGAGUCGUUAAGUUCUAUGUGUUCGGAUCAUGGUUUGGGUAAUCCUAUUCCACCUCCACGUAAGCGAAGGGACCGGGCCAGACUAGAGAGCUACGCAGAGGAGCCUUCAUCUUUGCUCCCAAAUCUGAAUCUGCCAACUUCAUCGACCUUAAGCGGAUUACGACGUUGUCGAGCAUUAUAUGAUUGCGAAGCGGAUAACGAGGAUGAGCUGUCGUUCCGGGAAGGAGAGGUGAUCAUCGUAACAAAUGAACAAACCGAUGAUGACAACUGGAUGGAAGGCGCUCUUGAACGAGCGCCUGAAAGAAGAGGAAUGUUCCCGAUUAGUUUCGUGCACAUGUUGCAAGAUUAACAUUCGGUAAGCCUGAACUCGUUGGCAAGUGUCUCCAGUACUGCCAGCUCCGUGAGCAUCGCUAGUCUCGGCAGGAAAUCUUGGACGAGGAAACCGAAAGAUUGAACACAAAGGAUGAAGCAUUCAGUUCCAUAAUUUUUAAAAAAUCGUGGGUUCCUUCUCUUGAAAUUAUACAAAAUUUGAAAUAAUUCCUCAAUUUAUAACUUGAAACAAUUCCAGAGAAGCAUAUUGAUUUGCUAAAAGAAGAGAUUUUAAUAAUUAUUAUAUGAGAAAAUACUCGUCUAAAAAAUAUUUGCUUAAGUUAGAGAGGAGGAAAUCAUAAAUAUUGAAGACUUCAUUAAAAAAAGAAAUAAUAUCUGACUAAAAAAAUCAAUAUGAAAGUUGAAAAAGUUAAAGUUUGUCUUUGAGAAUCAUUAGAAACAUCAUGGAGAAGAGAAGUAGUUACUAUAGCCUGAGCAAAAUAAAUUGGCUAUACAAAGUUACAAAUAGAUAAACUCUCAUCAUGCUAUCAAUUGCAUACAAUUUAAGAAACAUAACUUAAAAUAUUCUAAUGAUCAUAAUUUUAAAUAUGAUCAUAAUUUUUAAAUAUUUAAAACAUGUAGUAAAACUACAAAAAAAAAAUAAUUUGAAGGAAUUAUUUUAUAAAAUAAAACGAAGUGAAGUAAAAAUUUAAAGCAUAUAAAAACUUAUACAAAGAAAGUUAUUGAUGCAAGUUUAUAUUAUUAAAUAUAGUUAAAAGUAUAUAACAAUUUCUUUCAUUCUUAAUAAUCUCAAAAAAAAAAGAGCUUAAGAAACCAAUUAAUAUUGUUCAGACUAUAGCUUUGAUACUUCAUGUGCUGUACCUAGACGUGCCUAUUCAAGUCGGAUACUCAAACGUAAAGAAAAAUCUUAUACAAAUCUACAAUUUAAAAAUUUCAAUAAAAAAUACAUUCAAUGCCAGAAAAAUGGGAAUAAGUUGAGCACCAAUUGUUUCGAACAAGAUGAAGAAAUCGAAGACUGGAUCGUUCUGAAGGCCGACGAUAAACAAACAGAAAAUGUGAUAUAAAAUAUAUUUCAGUAUAAAUUAUUAGUAUUAUGAAUCGGAUUCAACAAAAAAAAUUGAAAAACCAUACGCUAAUAAAAUAAAACCAUCAUACAUGUUUAUGAUAAUCGAACAGGGCGUUGCAAUCGAAGCAAAUCUAUUAUAAAUUACAAUAUUCGUUCAUAUUAAAUUUACAACUAACAGAGGAUACUGGUUUAUCUUGUUAGCUGUUGAUUAUCAAUUCUACUACGUAGAACAACACAUAUUCGAUCGAAAUAUUAAUCAUAUUUGGUAAAUGUGCACAAUUUCGUGUAUACAGAGAUAAAGAUUUAAAAAAAAAAAGAAAAAAAUAAGUGUAUGUAUGCGUGCGUGAGUGUGUGCAUGUUUGUAUGCAUAUUAUUAUAAGAAAAAACAAGAGAAAGAAUACAGAACUCAAAUUCUGUAAUUUGUUGCAUGUCUUUAAGUAUCUGGCGCACACUUCUUUCUGUACUGCCAAUGCUGAAUAUAUUCUAUAUGCAAUUGCGUUCCAGGCGAAUAGAACAAAAAGAAAUUAAUAGAAAAACAUUUUCGUGAUGGUGUGGUAGAUACAGCCAACGGCGUCGAUCGCUGAAAAAGAUAUAACAUAAAAUAUAGGAUAUUAAAAAGGGAGUGUCCUUAUCUCCUGAAAAAAAAAGAACGACAUUAAAAUAUUGCAUGACACCGAUAGUAUUAUUAGCGUAUUCGAUUCUUAAAGAUCACGUGGUUACAAGCGUAUGUACAUUUUUGUAAUGCCAUAUUAUAUUUGUUAGUAAAUAUAUAUAUAAAAUUAUAUAUAUAUAUAUAUAUUGUGAAAUAGAAUUAUGAAGUUAGAGAUUUAUUAGUCAUUAAGUAUAUAUAGUAUAUAUAUAUAUAUAUAUAUAAAAUGAGAAGAAAAGAAAGAAUAUAAAAGAAAGAAAAGAAUAAUAGAACAAUACGUGUGCGAUUCAACCGAGAUUUAUGCGCCGAAAGCGAAUUGAAAUUUUUGUUUGUUUAAUAUUGUUAUUUGAAACACAUAACAUAUAUGAAACCAAAGAAAACAUUUUUGUGAGUGAGAGAAUUGUAAACGCCUGCUAGCUCAAUGUAUAUUAAAGGGAACUGUAAUUUUUUUC